AUGAAGAUAUUGGUAAUUUUAUUCGUCCUAGCUGUAAUUACAUCUGCAGAAGAAGCAGAGAAAGAAGCAGAAAAAGAAGUGAAAAAAGAAGCUAAAGAAAUAGAAAAGAAGGAAGAUUUAGAGGCCGAGUCAUCAGAACCUUCUUCAUAUGAAUUAGAUCCAUCUCAUCCAAGUGACUCACUGAGCCUACAUUCUCCUUUAGGCUAUGGUCACUCUUUCUUAGGAUCUCCAAUAGGUUGGGACUCGUCCUUAGGCCUUGGAUCACCUUUUUUACGAUCUUCUUUAAUUUCACCAUAUUAUGGUCUAGGAACAUUAGGCCUGGGAUCUCCGUUUGGUGAUUUAGGAAAAUCAAUUCACACAACUAUCACCAGACAUGUGCCAUAUCCAAUUAGUCAACCUGUUCCAGUUCCUAUCAACCGUCCAAUACCAUUUGCCGUUCCACAACCGAUACCGAUACACUUAGAUCGCCCAUAUCCUAUACAUGUAGCUCAACCUUUCCCUGUUCCUAUAGAUAAGCAUGUACCGGUUCCUGUUGAUAGGGCAGUGCCAGUACCGGUUAAAGUUCCAGUGAAAGUUGCACUCCCUGUCCCUUAUAGAGUAGGAAUACCACAUCCUUAUCCGAUUGACAUUCCAAGACCGAUACCAAUACCAAUUUCAUCCCCAUUUCUUUAUAAAUAA